UUUAUUUGUUUGCUUCACACUACUCUUUCUUAAGCAUAACAUUUUAUUCCAGACUUUAGGGUAAAAUCGAUCAUUUCAAGCAGUUAUCAGGCUGUCCUGGUAGAUGCGAGACUGAAUGAGUGCGUUCAGUGCACUUAAACUUCAGCCACGUCUUUUAAAGUCAAUUUCUUUCUUGUUUUGACUUUGGUCUCAUUGGUUUCUCGCUUUAUUUCUGCAAAGCAAUCCUCUUUUAACAAAGAUUUUGUUUCAUGGCGGUCCUUUUGAGAUCUUAUCAGGCGCUGAUGGCCAAACAUCCAUGGACAGUGCAGAUUGUAACUGCUGGCUCUCUGGUGGGAGUGGGCGAUGUCAUCUCCCAGCAGCUGAUUGAACAGCGUGGACUGGCCAAUCACAGCGUGAGACGUACCGCCAAGAUGAUGAGCAUUGGCUUCUUCUUUGUCGGUCCAGUAGUGGGCGGAUGGUACAAGGUGCUAGACAAACUUGUCACAGGCGGUACUAAAAGUGCAGCAUUCAAAAAAAUGCUUGUUGACCAGGUGGGCUUUGCACCAUGUUUCUUGGGUGCAUUCUUAGGAAUAUCUGGAGCUCUCAAUGGACUGACUGUGGAGGAGAAUGUAGCCAAGCUCAAGCGGGACUACACGGAUGCCUUGAUCUCCAAUUACUAUCUUUGGCCACCGGUGCAGAUAGCCAACUUCUAUUUCAUUCCUCUCCAUCACAGGUUGGCUGUUGUUCAGAUUGUGGCUGUUGCUUGGAAUUCUUACCUCUCCUGGAAAGCCAACAAGAUGUUAUGAGAUGUUCCAAAGUUCCAAAUCUACUUCUACCUCACACGGGAACAUACUGCUCUAUUGUAGUUUUUUUAUCUUCAAAUAAAUAUAGUAACAGACUCAUCCAGUGAUACAGUGUGUACAGUUUGCAAAGGCCAAAGAUGACCAUUUAAUUUAGACUAAUAUUCUAUUAACCUGCUGAAUUAACUAUUCUAAUAUUUUGUCAUUCUAAAUUCUGUAAAAAAAAAAUGUAUAUGUCUGUAUUUAAUCAAUAUAUUUUGAUGAUGAAUUAUGUCCACUGUCUUUUUUGCUGUUUUGCUGGUUGUUUUUAUUUUUUUAAUGACCAGUUCCCUCAGGUAAUAAGAACAGGCCUGUUUAUGCUACAGUAUGUGACAUCAUUUUGAGCGUAUUUUUUUCUUUGUUUUGUGUUCACAGUGAUUUAGUUAAAAAAAAAAUGUGAUUCAUGCACAUGUGACGUUUUGUAAUAGGGCAUUGUCUAUAACAGGCUCAUUACCUAAGUGUUAAUACACUGCUAUUUUACAGUUCACAGAACAUGCUUUCUA